CGGCGUCUCUCCCCGACCCUGCCCGCUGCUCCCGGGGGGCGGGGCGGGGCGCGCCGGGCGGGGCCUGUGCGCAGGCGCGUGAGUGCGCGCUCUCGCGCACCGGCGGGCGGGGACGCCCGAGAGCUGACGCCGAGGAAGCGCGCGCGCACCUCAUUUCCGGCGGCGCUGCGCCGGCGGCCGAUUGGACUCGAGGCGGCGAGCUCGCGCCCCGCCCAGCCAAUCGGCGGCGCCGACGCGGGUCGGAGGGCGCCGGGCGCGCGCGGGACGGCCGGGGGCGCCGGGCGCGCGGCGGGCGGGGCGGAGCGGCCGCAGCUCGUGCCGCCCGCGGGCCUGUCCGAUGCCCGGGCCCGGCCCGUCCCCUCGCAGCCCGGCAGCCAUGUGACCGCGCCGCCGCCCUCCGCGCGCCGGCCCGCCCGCCGCGCGGUCGCGGCCCGGCCGCAGCCCCAGGCCGCCGAGGGAGCGGCGGGGCCGGGGCCGGCGCCAUGGCCGAGCGAGGCCGCCUCGGCCUCCCCGGCGCGCCCGGCGCGCUCAACACGCCCGUGCCCAUGAACCUGUUCGCCACCUGGGAGGUGGACGGCUCCAGCCCCAGCUGCGUGCCCAGGUUGUGCAGCCUGACUCUGAAGAAGCUGGUGGUCUUCAAGGAGCUGGAGAAGGAGCUGAUCUCCGUGGUGAUUGCCGUCAAGAUGCAGGGCUCCAAACGGAUCCUGCGAUCCCAUGAAAUUGUGCUGCCCCCCAGUGGACAAGUGGAGACAGACCUGGCCCUGACCUUCUCCCUGCAGUAUCCUCACUUCUUGAAGAGGGAAGGCAACAAGCUUCAGAUCAUGCUGCAGCGCAGAAAGCGCUACAAGAACAGAACCAUCCUGGGCUACAAGACGCUGGCCGUGGGCUCCAUCAGCAUGGCUGAGGUGAUGCAGCACCCGUCUGAAGGCGGCCAGGUGCUGAGCCUCUGCAGCAGCAUCAAGGAGGCCCCCGUCAAGGCAGCCGAGAUCUGGAUCGCCUCCCUGUCCAGCCAGCCCAUUGACCACGAGGACAGCGCCAUGCAGGCCGGCCCCAAGGCCAAGUCCACGGAUAACUACUCUGAGGAGGAGUAUGAGAGCUUCUCCUCCGAGCAGGAGGCUAGUGACGACGCUGUGCAGGGGCAGGACUUGGACGAGGACGACUUCGACGUCGGGAAGCCGAAGAAGCAGCGGAGAUCGAUUGUAAGAACGACGUCCAUGACCAGGCAACAAAAUUUCAAGCAGAAAGUGGUGGCACUGCUGCGGAGGUUCAAAGUGUCCGAUGAGGUCCUGGACUCGGAGCAGGACCCUGCGGAGCACAUCCCUGAGGCGGAGGAGGACCUGGACCUCCUAUAUGACACGCUGGACAUGGAGCACCCCAGCGACAGCGGCCCCGACAUGGAAGACGACGACAGCGUCCUUAGCACCCCCAAGCCAAAGCUGCGGCCGUACUUUGAAGGCUUGUCACACUCGAGCUCGCAAACGGAGAUCGGGAGCAUCCACAGCGUCCGCAGCCACAGGGAGCCCCCCAGCCCGGCUGACGCGCCCGAGAAGACGCGGUCCCUGGGAGGCAGGCAGCCAAGCGACAGUGUCUCUGACACGGUGGCCCUCGGUGUGCCGGGCCCGAGGGAGCAGCCUGGACAGCCUGAGGACAGCCCCGAGGCUGAGGCCUCCACCCUGGACGUGUUCACAGAGAGGCUGCCGCCCAGCGGGCGGAUCACCAAGACAGAGUCCCUUGUCAUCCCCUCCACCAGGUCCGAGGGGAAGCAGGCUGGCCGACGGGGCCGGAGCACGUCCCUGAAAGAGCGGCAGGCAGCGAGGCCCCAGAAUGAGCGGGCCAACAGUCUGGACAACGAGCGCUGCCCGGAUGCCCGGAGCCAGCUACAGAUCCCCAGGAAGACUGUGUAUGACCAGCUCAACCACAUCCUCAUCUCCGAUGACCAGCUUCCCGAAAACAUCAUCCUCGUCAACACCUCGGACUGGCAGGGGCAGUUCCUCUCCGAUGUCCUGCAGAGGCACACGCUCCCCGUGGUGUGCACAUGCUCUCCCGCAGACGUCCAGGCAGCCUUCAGCACCAUCGUCUCACGGAUACAGAGAUACUGCAACUGCAAUUCCCAGCCCCCGACCCCCGUGAAGAUCGCCGUGGCGGGAGCGCAGCAUUACCUCAGCGCCAUCCUGCGGCUCUUCGUGGAACAGCUAUCCCACAAGACGCCCGACUGGCUCGGCUACAUGCGCUUCCUGGUCAUCCCGCUGGGCUCCCACCCCGUGGCCAGGUACCUAGGCUCUGUGGACUACCGCUACAACAACUUCUUCCAGGACCUGGCCUGGAGAGACCUGUUCAACAAGCUGGAGGCCCAGAGUGCGGUACAGGACACGCCGGACAUUGUGUCGCGCAUCACCCAGUACAUCGCAGGGGCCAACUGUGCCCACCAGCUCCCCAUCGCAGAGGCCAUGCUGACCUACAAGCAGAAGAGCCCUGACGAAGAGUCCUCCCAAAAGUUCAUUCCCUUUGUCGGGGUUGUGAAGGUUGGAAUUGUGGAGCCAUCCUCCGCCACAUCAGGCGACUCGGACGACGCAGCCCCCUCGGGCUCUGGCGCGCUCUCCUCCACCCCGCCGUCCACAUCUCCUGCGGCCAAGGAGGCCUCACCCACCCCGCCCUCCUCCCCGUCGGUGAGCGGAGGCCUGUCCUCCCCCAGCCAGGGUGUCGGCGCCGAGCUGAUGGGGCUGCAGGUGGACUACUGGACAGCAGCACAGCCCGCGGACAGGAAGAGGGACGCCGAGAAGAAGGACCUGCCUGUCACCAAAAACACGCUCAAGUGCACUUUCCGGUCCCUCCAGGUCAGCAGGCUGCCCAGCAGCGGCGAGGCUGCGGCCACGCCCACCAUGUCCAUGACCGUAGUCACCAAGGAGAAGAACAAGAAGGUGAUGUUUCUGCCCAAGAAAGCGAAGGACAAAGAUGUGGAGUCCAAGAGCCAGUGCAUCGAGGGCAUCAGCCGGCUCAUCUGCACUGCCAGGCAGCAGCAGAACAUGCUGCGGGUCCUCAUCGACGGGGUGGAGUGCAGCGACGUCAAGUUCUUCCAGCUGGCCGCGCAGUGGUCCUCGCACGUGAAGCACUUCCCCAUCUGCAUCUUCGGACACUCCAAGGCCACCUUCUAGCCCCACCCACCGAGAGGCCCACCUCCCGCCCCACGCUAGGAGGGGCCCAGCUGCAUUUCUGUUAACAUUUCAGUUUACUACAGAGACAGACCCUUAAAACACAAAGAGAAACAGUCUUAAGUAUGAAUGUGCUCACAACCUGGAAACUAACGGGGGAGCUCCUGCCAGGAGCCGAAUAACUGCUCUGCUUAUUAACCCCAACGUUCGGCCCGGGGCUGGGAGGCCAGAAGGACGGUGCUGAGCUGCGGAUCGCAGAAGGCGUGCUCUGGUCUCAGGAGCCACCCAGAGCCUCCGUGUCCUGUUCUUCCGGAAAGUCAGGACUCUGCUUCCUCAGGGAGCCUGGGGCAGGCGGAGCUCAGUGGCCUCAGGCCGAGGGGCCAUGGGGCCGCUCAGUCCCGUUGGGGGUGUCCUGAGUUAAGCCUGGGGGGCUGUCCUGCCCGCCUGAGAGAUGCCCCCAGCACCGCACACUCGUGGUUCCCAAUAAACUCCUGCCUGCGGCGGAGGUUUUAUAGCAGCAGAUAUUUUUAAUGCUUUUAAAUACAUGUUCUAAUGUAGCUGCCAAA